AAACCAAAUGCGCCCAGCGCUCGGGCAGGAAUCGAGUUAACGUCACUGCCGCUCUCAUGCGGCUCUUUAAAUACUGCGCCCCUGUUUACGAGAACAGCGUUGGGGCUGGAAGUAGACGCAGUCCCCAUCUAGGUUGUGAAUUGUGGUUGAACAGGUGAAGAUGGCCAAGCGAGUCGCUAUCAUUGGGGCUGGAGCCAGUGGGCUAGCAUGUAUAAAAUGCUGUUUGGAUGAAGACUUGGAGCCCGUAUGCUUUGAAAGAAGCAAUGACAUUGGAGGGCUCUGGAACUUUCAGGAAGAAGUGACAGAUGGGAGAGCUAGCAUCUACAAGUCACUGAUCAUCAAUACCUCCAAAGAGAUGAUGUGCUACAGUGAUUUUCCAGUUCAUGAAGAUUAUCCAAACUAUAUGCAUCACUCAAAGAUUUUGGAGUAUUUCCGCCAUUAUGCUUCACAUUUCGAUCUACUGAAGUACAUACGAUUUGCGACCAGUGUAUGCAGUAUUACACAGCGGGCAGAUUUCUCCACCACUGGACAGUGGGAUGUAGUGGCAAGAGACGCUGAGGGAAAUUUGGAAACAACUACCUUUGAUGCUAUCUUGGUCUGUAUCGGUCAUCACGCUAAUCCUCAUUUACCUCUGGAUACAUUUCCUGGUAUAGAAAAGUUCAAGGGUCAAUACAUGCAUAGUAAAGAUUACAAAGGACCCCAACAAUUCGAAGGGAAAAGAGUGGUAAUAGUCGGAAUUGGAAACUCUGGGAGUGACCUUGCAGUUGAAAUCAGUCAACAAGCAAAACAGGUGUUUCUGAGUACAAGAAGGGGUGCCUGGAUAGUUAAUCGUGUGGCUGAAAGAGGAUUCCCUGCUGACAUGAUGUAUACCCGUCGCUUUCAUGGCCUAAUUGGUUCAUCUAUAAAUAAUUGGCUAGUUAUACAAUCCAUAAACAAUCGAUUUGAUCAUGGAAAUUAUGGUUUGCAACCUAACCACAGUUUUUUCAGCCAACAUCCAACAGUUAAUGACGAUUUGCCAAAUCGCAUUUUGUCCGGACGUGUUCUUGUGAAACCUAAUGUGAAGCAGUUAACUGAAUCAGCAGCCAUCUUUGAAGAUGACACCAUGGAAGAUAUUGAUGCGGUUAUUUUUGCAACAGGAUACAGUUUUGCUUUCCCAUUUCUGAAUGAGUCUGUCAUCAAAGUUAACAGAAACCAUGCCACUCUUUAUAAGAAUGUCUUUCCACCUCAGCUGGAGCGGCCAACACUAGCCAUCAUUGGUCUUAUCCAGCCAGUGGGAGCUAUUAUGCCAAUAUCUGAAAUGCAGGCUCGUUGGACCACAAGGGUUUUUAAAGGGUUGGCUAAACUACCUUCUGUUAACAACAUGAUGGCAGACAUUUUGGAGAAAAAGAAAAAUAUGACUAAAAGAUACGUCACCUCCCAAAGACACACCAUUCAAGUCGAUUUCAUACCCUACAUGGAUGAGAUAGCUGAGCUGAUCGGUGUGAAACCCAACAUCAAACACCUCCUCCUCAGUGAUCCACAGUUGGCAUUUAACGUUUUCUUUGGCCCCUGCUCACCUUACCAGUUUCGAUUGAUGGGACCUGGAAAAUGGCCAAAAGCCCGGGAAACCAUCUUGACACAGUGGCACCGCACUAUCAAGCCCACUAAAACGCGCGUGGUUCCUAGUGGUCAGCAGAAUGCCUCUAGGCCAAUCCUGCUGAAAUUCUUGCCCAUACUGGUGGCCCUCUGUGGCGUUUAUCUAUUUCUCUAUUAGUCAGAAGUCCAACGAGGAGUUCAGUUCAGCUUCUGUGUCGCCCAAAUAAUAAUGGAGAUUGUUUCACAUCCAAUUGUUUCAAAUGAAUUGUAACUAAUUGUGUUAUUGAUUAUACUUUGAAAGAACUCAGGUGCUUUGAAUGAAACAAACCUGAGGUGUAGUUCUAUUGUUUAUAUUGAAUGGAAUAUCUUGCCAAGAAACAGCCUUUGCUCAUUCAAUGAGCAAAAUGUGCCUUUUUUUUUAUAAUCACUAAUUUUAAAAUUGUCCUUUUAUCAUUUCGGAACUGUAGAUAUAUAGCUGGGCAUUUAAUAACUGUGUAUUCACAUUUUAACUGUUCAGACAACUCUAAUUUUGUAUUCUAAUAUCUAACAUUCAUUGAAUAAAUCCCUUUAGACAUAGCCAGUUGUCUGAGUUGUUACGAGUGACUGAGGGAUCUGCGCUCCAUUUGCAGUUUGCAAUUUGGAAAUGAACGAGGUGAACAAGCAUGAGCUGAUCUGAAUGUGCCAGAAGCAAUUGCACACUUUUCCACAAAAGUUGUACUUUAUCCCAGAAGUGGAAGUUUGGCUGGCGUUGGUCAUACGUGACACUGUUAAAUCUCAAAUCCCAGACCAAGGCUGGAGCAUGGUCCAUGGAUUCAUUUUGUAUCCUGACCAACAUUUCUCCAUCAACUAAUGCCCAGUUAGGCAGUUUUAUCCCAGACCUUUCUCUUGUAAUUGGGAAUUUUGCUGUGAUCUUACUGACAAAUAUGGAUCUUACUGAAAAGUACAGAACUUAAUUGUAUAUUUUACUGAAAAAUGGUAUAAUAGUGUACUAUAUUUAUUUCUGUGAAUUGUUAAGCUAAUUCUGAAAGAUGUUUACCUAAUAAUAUUCAGAUUUACAAAUAUUUUAAAACUCUAACUUAAUUUUCUAAAGAUUAGACUAAAUUGAUAGUUGAAGCAUAUGCAGUCUACAAUUGACCUAUAAUCGUAGUAGUUAGUGCAGAAACAUUGCUGGUUUUCUAUUUUCAUACUUGACUCUGGGAAAAGGAUUUACAAAUUUGUUCACUGAAGUUGUACUUUAUCCCAGUAGCAGAAGUUAUCAGAUUGUAUCACAAACUGUCAGUUUGGUUGAGUUUGCCACACUCGCCGUACUGAAGAAUUCUUUCAGGGAGUGAUUCAAGAUGUAAAUGUUGACCCAGUGAAAUCCACAGAGGAAGAUUAAUUCAGCAAACAAGGAUUAUGAUAGGGAAGUAUUAAUAAUUUGAAAAUACUCAAAGAAUUGGAACAUCACAAUAACUUGCAAAUGUACAUGUUGUAAACACUGAGAUAUAGUCUAUAGUCUUUUAAGACCAUAAUAUAAGUAAGAUCAAAUCUUUUGCACUUCUUGUCCUGAUAUGUUUAUUUUAGUUUCCAAAUAUGAUCCUUUGCAAAUUAUGUCAAAUUUUAGUACAAAUUCAUUUUAUAUUAUUAAUUUGAGUAUUCUUAGCAACUUCUUGCCUAAAUUGUUUAUGAUUGCAGGAAAUUCGCUUUCACUUUCGUGCUCUGGAUUAUAAGGAUUAAAUGUAGUUCUUUUUUGCUAAAUCUUCUUGAAAUAGACUGAUAACAAAAUAGUGUAGUGCCUAUGUGAUGAAUAUUCACUUCCCAGUACCUAAGAGGCUUAUUGCUAAAGUCUGCUUUCUUGCACAGCCUUCUUUCUCUGCAUCAGACAAUUUGUUCGUCUGUAAUUCAUUGGUGUGUUCUUCUAGUUGGACAGAAUUGUACCUAUGUUUGAAAAUCCUUUGUAAUUUGUAAAUCUUUUAUAAAUUAGAAAUCCUCUAUGAAUGUGUGUUAAGAAUGACGUGUCUGUAUCUAAAUAUGUAACAUUAAAAAUAAAAUAACUGUUUA